ACAAUUAAAUAGAAUCAUCUUGCAUGAAUGAAUGCCAGUUGUGCCAUGCAGGCUGCAAUAAUACACCCAGCCUUGCAAAUUUGCGAUAUUCUCACACCAGAUGGAUCAUGCUUCGAGGCAUUUACAACUGAUGAAGCAAGCCACGCAGAGCCUAAUCCACCUCUAUAAAUGCCUUUAAAUCCACUCUAUUUCUCAUCACCUUUUCAACACAACAAAGCUCAUAUCUCAGACCCUAUCCAAGAAUUUUGAGAAAUGGCUUCAAGAGCUGUAGCCUCCAUUGCCUUGCUCCUCUCCCUCAAUCUCCUCUUCUUCAGCGCAGUGAGAGCUGCCACUUGCCCCGUUGAUGCCUUGAAGUUCAAAGUGUGUGCCAAUGCGUUGGGGCUCAUUAAAAUCCCACCAGAUGCUCCUUGCUGUAGCCUCAUCGAAAAUCUUGUUGAUCUUGAAGCUGCUCUUUGCCUUUGCACUGCCAUUAAAGCUAAUGUCUUGGGCACUGACCUCAAAGUUCCUCUCGAUUUGAGCUUGGUCCUCAACAAAUGCAGCAAGAAAGUUCCACAAGGAUUCAAGUGUCCAUAAGCUCAUUCUAUUUCAUUUAUUUCUCUUCCUUCAGCUUUGGGAUUUUUAUUAAUAAUUUGGCAUAUUCCACAACCGAGAAGGUUACUGCAAUUGCUGUGACGCAUGUUGAGAAGGCUUUUGCUUUUUUCCUCAACUGCUGUAUUCUUUUAUCGAAUCAUCCAUUUUAAUUGAAUUCAAAUAAAAAUUGCGAUUUAUUU